AUGCAGAAAAACAGAAUUUUCUUGGACAACGUUGAGGAUAUUUUGGGCAGCUUGGGAAGACGGCUGCAAAUGGUCGGAAAGCCGGCCCUCCACCUGACGCGGCUCGGAUUCGGGCUGUCCCUCCUGUUCUACGGAAUGGCCUUCCGCACCUUCGCGUUCCACGUUAUCGUAUUCCGCAUCUCGGGCUUCAAGCAGGUGCAGGUCUCGUCGGGGAAGCUUGCAGCCAAGUACCGAAAGGCUAGACAGUCCAUCCGAGAAGCCGCAGCCGCAGCCGAAUCGGCCAAGAGGGACCGAGAGCACAAAGCGGCUCAGGCGGAGAAGCUAAAGGCCGCGAGGCAGAGGAUGAUCGACGAGAAGCACCGGCUGCUCGCGCACGGCCGGAAGCUCACCAAGGAAGACACCCGCAAGUUCAUGAAGAAAUACCACAAGGAGCUGACUACCAUAAAACAGGAGCAAGCGGCUAUUAACUCCAUCAACAGCUCCAUGAUUUCUGUCAAGAGCUCGGUCGACCCUGACAACGCAAGGUCUAGCUUGCGCGGCCUUUACAGCGGGCUCAUCACGAGCUUCACGGCUUCGACCUACCAGACGGCAGGGCAGAUCGCUCUCGGUCUACACGUCGGCACGCUACUCAAGACACAUUUGCUGGAUCUAUUCGGGCCCAUGCUUGACCCCAUCGGGUACCGCCUGGAUCUCACCACCUACUACGAUGAAGCGGAGAUUCCGUACAUGGGGAACCCCAACGCAAUGGACGGACCACACAACCUGGCAAUGAACAUCUUCUGCUACGCCCUGGUGUUCGCCGUUAUCCGUGCCCAUCCGCCUCUUGCCCUCAAGACUGCCAUGGUCUACUUCGGUGCCCGCGUCGUGACGGACUACCUCGUCAUGACCGCAGAACCCAUACGCAGGAAACUUGGUCUCAUGACGGCAGUGCACACGCCAUGGAGCGGCAUGAUCCAAGCUGGCUUGACGGUGCUGGGAUUUUAUUACCACCGACACACUCUGCACACCGCAAGCGUUACUGGCUUUCAUCCCCUAGUGGUGGGACCUGGAGUAGUGGGACUAGUGGAACCUUUGGUGCGAGUUGCCGUCUGGGUGAGCGAGGUCUUGCACAGAAUCGAGUUCUUCACGGUCAACUUCGUCGCGUCACGCGGCAAAUAAUGGUUCAAUGAUCAUCGUCGAUGUUGACGCAUUAAAAGCCGGAUGCGGUGCAAGUGCCCUCUAUCUAGUUUGUGGUGUCUGCGCUAAACCCACGACUAGCUAGCUGCCUGUCGCCGGUGUUCGUUUGUACAAGAAGAAAGAAUAAGGGGGGAGAGAGAGAGAGAGAGCGAGAGAGCGAGAGAGAAGGAGAGAGAGAUGAUCGGAGAAGGUCGACUGUCUGUUUCAUAGUGCCAUGUAUAUAAUGAAGGUGUCAGUGUCAUCGCGGAACGCUUAAGUUGGCGAUAGUUGUGGACGUUGAGCAUCUGAAAUAUCCCUUGCGUAUGUGACUAUGUAGUACAGCAGAAUUGUACGGGAGUUCACAGCAGCUGCAUAUUAUCGUGCGGGAGUACCGAGUGCUGGUAGCCAAAUUGAGUCUUCGCCGCGAAUAUUGGAGUAGAGUUGCGUCCAUAUGAAUUGCAUGUUUCUGGCGUUAGCUUGUGGUGUUCACCUUGGGCGCCAGGAAAUUUUUAUUCGCGCCCAGGUUGUUGAUAUUGAUGCUUACGUAGAAAACGAGGAGAGGGUGAUUUUCGCCUAUGAUAUUGGUAUUGUUUCGUGCAGGUGCUGUCACGUCCACAGCGCUUAUCCUGCAGCUGACCCAGGUCAGUUCCCCAUUCCAGCGAAUUUCGAGUCGUUGCUCUUGUUGUACCGCUUCCUUCGUGGGAGCAUGCCAUGCUUGGUGGGGUUUCCGAGGCAGUAAAUACACGUCUGCUCGUUAUUGUGGUCAAAUCGAAAAUAAAUAUGUUACAUUCGAUUCGACGUGGACGUCCCAGACCGGGCUGGGUUUGUUGUCAUACAUUUAUUUAUGUUUGAUGCUCCCAGAGUGGAAGUAGCCCUCGAGCAUACACGCACAUGCUCGCGAUCAGAUCGUCAGUCAAAAAGUCGAAUUUUGAGUAAGGCCCGGGGAGGUGGUUGAAUUUAACGCGUCUGUCUUUCUUGGACGGGCAUUGGGCAUAUUGAGGUCUAGUCCAU